AUGACCCAGGAAUCUCCUAGCAGAUUAUCAGCAUCGGGGAAUCUUCGUAAUGUGUGCCGAAAACUUGGAAAAAAUGAAUCUCAGAGCAUCUAUUGUUUUUUUGAAUUUGGUAAAGCGAUUGUAAUUCGACUCAAUGAACUAUUAGAGAAGGGGCAAAAGAAACCUCGAGAGAAGCUAAACCAAGAAGUCCACAAAUAUUUUCCUGAUGGUACUUCUCUCAUCUUGGGUAAUCAGGCUUCGAGGGACUUACAGAGACACGAGAAAGCGGAAUUUAGGGCGCCGUCAAUUAUGCCACGUUACUUUUAUGUCAUAGUUCGAUAUUUUUAUGAUGCAUCAUAA